GGGCGCAGACAGCAAAAAAGAGAUGACUGGCAACUCAUGAGUUUCGUCAGAUUUCUCCCGGCUGGUCCAUCGCGACAAGUCAAAUAGGGAAAUACAUUUGAUGGGACUCACUUAUUUUAGCUAUUCUGGCCUUUAGAUAAAUUACUUUACCUGGGAUGAUUGAUGCAUUUACUCAAAUCUAGACUGGGCGUACCCACCUAUGCCAACCACUAACCAUUCACCAUCAAGCAUAUGUUUCACAUGUGUCAUGCAUCGGAAACUAAGAGAAUGGCCACAGAUUGCGCGCUGGAUUCUCUUUCAAACCUAAAAGCGCUUCUCGAAACUCCUAUCCUGCCCCGUCCAUAGAGAUCGUAUAGGUAAGUACAUCGUAAAGGUCAGAAAACACGUUAUUUGUGACAGAGCUAAGUCACACGAAUAUUCUUUAUGCCAACCAAAUCAUUAUUUGAUUUUUCAUCACAGAAGUUCUAUGAGCUGCUUGGACGAUGCAUGAUGAAAACAUACAUAUGCUUUGGACUCUGAAUGCACCUCCGAAUCUGUAAGGGUUAAGGUAUCGCAUUAUGGCAUGAAUUUGGCUUCGUCACGCUGCUGUAUCACAUAGCUCCUUGUACUUCAGCCAUUCGACACGCAUAGUUAGACAACGUGGCGAAACGGACCUACGCGUUCGCCAAAACCUGCUUUACAGUUUAACGCGAAGAUGACUAUGCAGCCCACGGCCACUCAAUGGAACGUAUAACUGUAAACAGGUGAUCAAAGAGACUAGAAGUGGUCGAUGCGCUUCAGAUGCAAUGCGCGUGGUUAUGGCCGGGUGCGUAUUGCCACGUAGCGCCAUUUAGUGAAUCAAUGUUACCGUCCGGCCAGGGGUCGGUACUGGCAGUUAGUCUGACACUUUUGUCGUGAGCUGUCCUGUAAAAUGCCUGAAGCCGAUCUCUGAGCUACUUUGACACGUAAUAACAUCAAGUGUUCGCUAGUCUGUGAGUAUUCGCCCGCAGCUUUUGGAGAAGCACUCCAGGCACAGGCCAGAAAAUCCUCACAUCAAGGAUUUUAGCUGGCGAAGAGUACAUAGUCUGACCUUUUGGGAAGUCACCAGUCAUCUAUCUGUUGUCAUUUCUUACGACAGCUGUCCAAAAAGGAUUUUCCGCAAGUAUUUGUUGAAUGACAAGGAAACAGAACACACUGUAGCUGGAGAUCUGUGGCGCCCAUCUUCAAGUACUUUAGUGACCUGUUUCAGGCCGCACCAUCCGACUCUCACGGCUCACUUCUGACACCAGCAAUGCAGCCCUCUCGGUGGAGAACCCGCCUUCUGCUGCUGCUCGUACUGAGUAUGACCUGUCCCCCCUCUUACGGCACCAUGUACAAAGCUGCUCUUCACCGGGGUCAUCCGUACAGUACUUUGAAGAAGGUGGCCAAUAUGAGAGCCACGCAGUGUGCCGUGCUGUGCCACAAGAACAGCGCCUGCAUACAAUGGAGGGUGGUCGAUGCCAACGGCCUCUGCAAGCUUUGGCCGGCGCCUAGCGAUCAAUAUCCACUCUCAUCAAGGAAGCACGACUUGUACGAGGUAGUUGGCGGCUCCACGUCGUCCACAGCGUCCACCGGGGUCUCAACAUCUGUCGUUAGCUCUUCCACAUCUACUUCAGGCUCUUCUUCAUCUCCUUCUAGCUCUUCGUCAUCUUCAUCCAGCUCUUCGUCCAGUUCUUCUUCAUCCUUUUAUGGAUAUUCUUCGGUUUCCGUGGGCAAUGCUGUAACUGUCACAAAUCCACCUUGCGUCGCAGCUGCACCUACAACUGUGCCUCCAGCAGCUACUACGAACCUCACAACGCCUUCUACCAGCCUCACCACAUUUGCCAGCGAUACCUCGAUUCUUUCCGGGAACCUUACGACCCCCAGUACCAACCUAACGACACCGUCUACUGACCUUACAUCUCCCAAUAAUUUCACGUCACCUGCCAUGAGCAUCGAGACACUCACCAUCUGUCCCACGGCAUCCCCUGACCUGACUACAUCGCCUACUACUGGCUCCACAACACCUCCGACCACAGAACCUAGUACACAUUCCGCUCCAACCACACAGACUACGCCUCCCCCUCCAACCACGCAAGCCACGUCGAGCGCUCCAACCACGCAACCUACAACUCCCCCUCCAACCACUCAAACUACGUCAAGCCCUUCAACCACGAAACCUACAACUACGAAGCUUACAACUCACUCUCCAACCACGCCACCUCCUUCUCCAACCACGAAAGCUACAACUGCUCCUCCAACCACUCCUGCGCCCAUCUUCCCGUCUGGUUUCAUCCCCAUCAGCAACCCGCACAUCGCCUACAAGGCCAAACCCCAGCAGCUGUACGGAUCCAAAAUCGCCAUCAUCAGCAUGUGUCUCUCGCUGCACGUCAACUCCACUCCGGCCUUCCCGCUGACCAGCCAGGAAGCAGACGACAUCAACACCCUCUCCGACGGCAAGUACUACUUCAUCGGCGCUUGGAGGGCGUUCGGCGACACCAAGUUCACCGACAUGAGCAGCGGCAGGCGGGCCUCCAUUCACGGGGCGAGGUUCUGGAAUGAGACCGCUUCGCUGUACCCGGGAGAGAGCUGCCUGCUGUCCGGAUACAAGUCGUUCAUCAUUCUGCCGUGUGUAGGAUGGUGGAUGGAUGGAGUGAUCUGCCAGAUGGAGCGGCCGAUCGAUGAUACCAUUGGCAAGUGAAGGUCUUAAAUCAUACCUCGCUGAUACCCAGUGGCGAGAGACGAGCCACUUUGGUUUCCAUCCCAUGGCACUGGGUAACAGAGUAGGUAAUUAAAAACUCGCACUAACAAGCACAAGCGCCUUGUUUAGAGCACGUCCGCGACACAAUGCGCUGUUAGACAGACAAUAGCAACAGUUUUUGGUGAUGUUUUCGGAGAGUGUUACAUGUUGAAGACAACGGCUGCACUACCCUAAUAUCAUUUUUGUUUCAACACUGCUUGAAAUGCUUCGGGCAUCUUGCUCUUGUUUUUGCCUGCACACAUGACACAGAGAACAGACAUCAUUUCACAAACAAGGUUUACCUCAGACACACCAGCACAAUGAAUUAGGCAUUUCCUUUGAGCGUUUUAAUUAAAUUAUUUUACUUUUCAAUUAUUACUUAAUGUUCAAGUUAGGAAUUCAAUAACAAUUGUAUCCGUAUAAUGAUGAAGGAAAACCGAAGCCUCAUAAUAAUGAAUGUAUUCUAAAUUAUGACCGAGAAAAAAGAGAACAGUUUCGGGCAUAGCCCAUCAUCAGAUCUCCUAAAAGAUACAUUUUGAAAAUUGUGAUCUCGCCUUUUAACACAUCCUGACACAAUUGUAAUCCUAUUUAUGGCCAGGGCAUUGUAUGCUGCAAUUAUAAUCCUAUAAUUUGACUUUAGAAUGCACUUGCACACGAACAAUAAAGAGCGACAGUGUAAUUCGCUCUCUUUCACUGCCAAACUUUCUCUCUCUCCCUCCCUCUCUCUC